AUGUUUGGCGGUAACAGGGUGGGAGUUUUACGCACGGUGCGUGAACAUGUUGAACAUAUUCCUACAGGAGCAGAUGGAGGGAGAAGGCCCCGGGGCCUGCUGGAGGUACUCGGAGCAGUGAUCACUGCACUGUCCCUGGUCUACAUCGUCCUCACAUUCCCGAUCACAAUAUGGGGAUGUGGCAGGAUCAUUCAAGAGUAUGAAAGAGCAGUCAUCUUCAGGCUGGGACGACUUAUUAAAGGCAGAGUCAAAGGACCAGGUCUGUUUUGGAUCAUCCCAUGGCUGGACGAGAUUCAGACAGUUGACCUGAGAACCGUGUGCAUCGACAUCGAACCACAACAGGUGCUGACUGCAGACUCAGUGUCUCUGGAGGUAGAUGCCGUGCUGUUCUAUCGUGUGGUGGAGCCGGUGCUGUGGAUGACUCAGGUGCACGACGGGCCUCAGGUCAUUCGGCUCUUGGCUCAGACUUCCCUCAGAGCUGCAGUCGGGUCUCACUCUCUCUCCCAGAUAAUCACUCAGAGGAGGAGCAUGGCCCAGAAAAUUGAGGAGGCGAUAAAAGCCGCAUCGAGGCCGUGGGGCAUUCAGGUGCAACGGGUGGAGCUCAAAGGGUUGGCAUUGCCCGUGGAUCUGCUCCGUUGUAUGGCCUUGGAGGCAGAAACCCAGAGACAUGCCCGGGCAAAGUUAAUCUGUGCUCAGGCUGAACUAGGAGCGUCCCUCGCCCUAAAGCAGGCAGCCUCCUCUCUCUCACCCAUUGCGCUCCAGCUCCGAUACCUCCAGUCGCUCUCCUCUGUGCACAGCUCCACCUCCAUCAUCGUCACCGCCGUUCCCAUGGAGAUCAUCAGGAAAUUUAUGUCAAAAAACACAUAA